GGGAGUGAUCGGCGCCUCUGCGCGCCGACGGCCGGGGCUGCCCUCUGGCAGAGCGGGACCACCCCCGCGCGACCCGCCGGAGGAGGAAAUGUUCUCCCGGGGCAAGAUGGGGUCCCCUUCGAAGCCCCAAGACGCCCUCGGCCAGUCCGGACUCCGACCGGGGCUCAGCGGACGGUGGGGGCGGCGGCGGCGCUAAGUGUCGAGGAAGCGGGCAGGCCCGGAGCGCUCCCCGGGGCAGCUUCCUUCGGCGUCCUGGCCGCCCUCGCGAAGCCGGGGUGAAGCCUUCCCGGGUGGAGGGAGGGCAGAGGCCGGCUUUCUUCCCGCUCGGCGGCGGCUAGCCCGGCUUCUGCCCGGACGAUCCCUGCCGCUCGCCUUCUUCUCGGCUGAGGGGAGACCACUUGCCCUCGGAGCUUCCCCUCGGCCGCUUUUCUCCGGCUGGUCUUUGUCGGCGAGUUUCCCCCGUCCGCCUUGCUCCGAGGGAUGGGCUGACCUCCUGCUGCCCGAGCCCUCCCUGCGGGACCCUGGGGCGGCCGCCUUCUUCCGCCGAGAAUGGAUGCCUCGCCGGUGCCUUCGGAGGCCUGGCUUGCAGAGCCCACCCGGUCCGGGGUGAGCGUCCCAAGUGGUGGCCAGCCCGGGCCGGAGGGCCCCCGAGUUGGUCUGCACCCGUGGGCCUUUAACAGCAGCCGUGAGGAGGACACGUCGCCCCCUUUUCUGACUGAUGCAUGGCUUGUGCCUGUCUUUUAUGCCCUCAUCAUGCUACUCGGCCUGGCGGGGAACUCCCUGGUCAUCUAUGUCAUCGGCAAGCAUCGCCAGAUGCGCACGGCCACCAACUUCUACAUUGCAAACUUGGCUACCACCGACAUCAUCUUCCUCAUAUGCUGUGUACCUUUCACUGCCACACUCUACCCUCUGCCCAGCUGGGUCUUUGGGGACUUCAUGUGCAAAUUUGUCAACUAUUUGCAGCAGGUGACCGUACAGGCCACGUGCAUCACUCUGAUGGCUAUGAGUGUGGACCGCUGUUAUGCCACCCUGUACCCACUGCAGUCAUUGCGCUAUCGAACUCCACAGAUAGCCAUGGCUAUCAGCAUUGCCAUCUGGAUUGGUUCCUUCAUUCUGUCUUUACCCAUGGCUAUGUACCAUCGUACUGAGGUGGGUUACUGGUAUGGGCUGCGCACGUACUGCAUUGAGGCUUUCAUCAGCAAGAGACAAGAGCGCAGCUUCAUUCUGUAUACUUUCCUGGCUGUCUACCUAUUACCCCUGCUCACUAUCUGCCUUUGCUACUCCAUCAUGCUCAAGCGCAUUGGACGACCUGUGGUGCAGCCCAUGGACCGUGACUACCAGCAGGUGCGCCAUCUGUCUGAGCGAUCGGCUGCGAUGCGGGCCAAGAUUUCCAAGAUGGUUGUGGUGAUUGUGCUGCUGUUUGCCAUUUGCUGGGGUCCUAUCCAAUUCUACUUGCUCUUUCAAGGCUUCUACCUCCAUUUCCAAGCCAACUAUGAGACCUACAAAAUCAAGACAUGGGCCAAUUGUAUGUCAUAUCUCAACUCUUCCCUCAACCCCAUUGUUUAUGCUUUCAUGGGAGACAGUUUCCGCAAGUCCUUCAAAAAGGUUUUUCCCUUCCUGUUCCGGCAGCGUGUCCAGGACAAUGGCAUACACUCAGGCUCCCACCAUGCAGAAAUGAAGUCUAUCACUGAAGAGAACUGACCAUUUCUAUCAGGAUGAAGAACAUACACUGCCAAAGUGCCCAUGAACCUUUAGAGUCACAGAUAUUAAAACACAGUUGUUUUUAAGUCAUCAAGAAGAUUGAGUAAGAAUGUGAAAGGUGGUGAUAUCUAUACAGUGACCAGAACAUGGAGGACUCUAGUUCAGAGACAUUUAUAUGGCAAUUACUAGGGAUGUGCGUUUUAGAUUUUUUUGAACUACAAAUCCCAUAAUUCUCCUUUCUGAGAGUCCCACCUGCAGGACACAGAUCUUACAGACGCCUAAAUUAUGUUCAUCUAGAGAGAAGGCCCAGCUGGCAGGCUUCAUGCCUUGCAUAGAUCUAACUUCCAGUAUGAAAUGGAAACUACCUCAAUGAUUCCUGGGAGGCUUCCUUUUCAAGUAGAAAUUUAGCUUUAUCCAAGGCAUGAAGCCUUCUAGCUGGGCCUUCUCUCCAGAUAAAAAUAAUUGAGGUAUUUGUAAGGUCUAUGUCCUGUAGGUGGGAUUCCAGAGAGAAAGAGACAGGGACAGACAGAGAAGGAAUUUGGGGAUAUAUGGUCUAAAAAAAAUCUGAAAUGCACAUCAGUAGUAAUUUCUAGGGUCCUUUAUUACUGGCUGUGGAUUUUAGUUUUAACUUAAAAUCCUCGGGUGCUUGAAACAAAGUGCUGAGCUUUAAGAAAGGCUGACACAAGUCUAUGUUGUUGUCUUUGUGAACAUGAUGUGCCUUCUUCUUUAGCAUAUGAAUUCUACAUAUGGCAGUCCAUCUUGGAUUUAUCUCCUCUUUCAACCCUAAAAUGUUGGAAUAAAUGAA